AAGAAUCUCAAGUAAGUGUAACUGUCGGAAUUGAAGCAAAAGGAACUGUCCAAAAAGUAAUGAUGCUAAACACUAAUUUCACUAUCUGGGAAUCUAAUGGAGAUGAAAAAUUGUAUAUCAAUAU